AUGCGGAGGGUCGUGAGCUCUAGACGCCUUCGGCUUUUCCUCUCUGGAUUGGCUGCAUUUACUGCUGGUUCUCUGACAACUGGCGCGGCCUUUCUUCUCUACGGCCUCCCUCCUGCUUCUGAUGACCUGCAGCUCUUCAAAAAAGCAUUGUGCAGAACCGCACCUGUUGAAUCUCGUUAUCCGGUUGGCGGUGUAGGUGACACAGUCGAUAGCAGUUUUUUCAGACCGGACGCACUUCCCUCGGUAUUCAGCAGGGAUGGUCCACUUCCCGACGCCGUCGCAUAUGUCGGCCUUCCAACCGCGGAACCCGUGAAGAUUCUCCCAGGAUUUCUGCUUUUGUAUGAUCGGCGUACCCGCAUACCACGCUGGACUUUGGAGCAUCUAACGCCCGAAAGAUUCAAAGGUGACGAAACUGAUCUGGUUGACCGGUAAGUUAGGUUCAAUCUUUUGAUUUUCGAGGCACGUGAUUCGGAAGUUUGGACGUUAUUUUUUAAUGUCGUCACGUACUGUCAAACUUCGAUGUUUACGUAGUGGUUUAUGGACAAUCAAGUGAUCUGAUUUUUUAACUUUUUUGAACGUGACUAUCCCUAAUGACCGUUCUAUCCGUUUUGAUGGCCACAUUGCCUGCUCCGCCGUAGACUCAAUCGAAGUUGAUUUCAAUGUUGCCGUCACUGCUAAACGUCGCUAAUGUUCCUGUUCGUAUUCGAACAACCCUCGUUCUUUUAUUCUCAAGGUGGUAGGCCUAUUUUCCUUUUUAAAUAACUUUCUCUUGGCUGGGCUUUUCAUAUGAACGCCAGGAUACCUUCCCAGGGUUUCUGGAGCAUGUCAAGGUUCUUGCUGGCCAGUACAUAAACCCGUCCAUUGUUUUGCUGCGGUCCUGGGAGAAUAAGCGGUGAACCAUGACUGAAAAGAUACUGGAGCCCGAAAGGCAUGCACUUGCGUGGACAACACUCACAAUGACUGCUUCGACCGAGUGCAUGCUGCACGUUCCGCGCACCGUGAGUGACUACCUUCCGUUGCAGUCAAUCUGCGCCACCAGAAAUGCCCUGAGAUCUGCUUUCACCAUGUCCGCUGAUGUCUCCGGUUGGCCAUCACGGCGCCGUCGCCAAACAUGACUGAGCUCGGGUGAGUUGGCAUCUCGAGCGCAGCAAAUAGCCCAACCAUUUCGCUCUACAAGUACGGAGGGCGCAUUUGACUGGUUCAGUUCCUGAAAAAAUAUUUAAGUAUUCUUUGGAGACCUCAACGAAGAGACGAUCUCGUAAAAUGCAGCGCAGAUACCACCGAUCGAAUAUUCCUGGGCAGUGCGAGUCAUCGGAGCAUGCGAAGUAUGUCUCACAUGCUCAUAGAGUUGUAAUGACGAAAGCAGCGCAUGCUAUCAGUUUUGUCUCCAGACUGAUAUCACCGAUUCCAGAGGUUUUGACAAAGUUAAGCGAGGGCCGUGCUCGUUUAGCCAAUUUUAUGAUCAAGUUUCGCUUUAUGCGGCGCAUUCGGCAGAACGUUCGGCCCACGUCAGCAGAAGCCGUUCACCAGCUCUAGAUCUUCAUCGCAUACGGUGACUUGGCGAACGUACUCCAUCACAAAUCUCGAGAAAAACACACUCGUUUCAAACUCUUCCGCUACUUUUGCGCCUAUCCGAGACAGCGUACUGCAUCUACACAAAGGAGCUUACGAGCCUCCCCCUCCCUUUCAAGAUCCACGACCGGAGGGCGGCUUCCCAGCACGUGCUGACAAACCCACUUCGCCAAUUAGUUGAACAGAUUUAGGGAGAGGAUGCAGGCGCGACGGAGGCCGAAGGCGAUAUCAGGGAAACAACUCGCCUCGGCGUUUACACGUAAUUUGGCCCUUGUUUCAUGGCAGUGAACUUAAAUCAACCGAUUUCAGCAGCAUGCCACGUUGCACCAUUAAUCUCCUCCGAAAUUAGCGCGCGAACUUGGAGCAAUUCCUUCAGAAUGAAACUUCAAGAGCUCAUUUCGAAAGUUUAUGUAAAUGCUUGGGCUGAAAGCGAGAAUUGGUGGUCAGCUUCCCGCUUGAUUUUUAUCCGUACAUCACGGUUGAUGGGUGGGAUUUUUCUGGUGGUGUGAAGAAAACUCACGCCACGCUAGUCCCUGCACUGCGGUCUACCGCCCGUAUUGAAAAUCCCGGCCAGCUGAACAGUGUUUCUCAAUUUCCGCCGGAAGGUAAUCCUAGCCAGGCUCUUUGUCACUCUUCAGUUUUGCCAUUGUCUCAAAGAUCCCAGUAUUUUGUGGGUUGUCGUGUCACUCAGAGUUGGGUGCUGCAGCCGUCUGGACAUCAGUUGAGGAGGUGGAGACUGUUAAACUCCGAUACUGGCAAAACAUCAUCUUCCGGCGUACGAUGUACAACACUGACGCUAUCAGCGUACUUUGAUUAUCUGGUCUCGUUGGGGCAGAGAGAGUAGGUGACUGGUUGAUUUUUGAAGUCCUGUGUAGCCCCCCUCGUUUGGCCAUUAGGUGAAACACAUUCAAUAAUUCGGGGAUUUUUACUCCAGUGUCCAUCGCGGCCGUGACAUGCCGAGCGCUUGGCUGCACGACGCAGGUCUCUAGAUUUCAGACCGUACAGAAGAUGAGUAGCUCAUGCUUUCUCCGCCAGUCGUAUCGUUUCAUUAGAAAUCAAAUUGUUGCGACAACGUCUCUUGUGACCUAGCACGUCCUGGAAGGUACCUUAGGCAGUAUGCUUCAGUUCAAGCUGGUCUCAUUGUGCUGAAGAGGCCUCAAGGUCAGUUUUCGUCCGUUUCAGUUUUGCACAGCUUUUGAGAGACAGCCGGGCAGCAGCAACAACAGCAGAAUCUUUGAGAUGGUUUGAGUUGUAGCCGGACCCUCAAAAGCGUUGUCAGAGCCAUUGUCGCGGCCAUUUUCGACGCCACAUACUGCGCGGGAGGUUACGUACUGAGCCAGUCAAGCCUUCACUGACAAGCAUGUGGACGUGCCCGUCGGUGGACAUCGUGGGACACGACGGUCAAACUGUCGACUUGACAACUACAAACAUCAUAGGGUGUCGGAAGCAGAUAUCCGUAACCACCAAACUGUUCAAUGCAUUGGAAUUAAGAAGUCUUUCAUCGAUCACACAGCGGUUUAGCACUGUGUAGCGCUCAAGGACUCUUAGUGAGUGCAUUACAUGUCUCCAUCGCGGUAUUCCGAUCCCCUGUAACUGCAAGGUACCACAUGAAACACGACUGACAGGAGUAUCUGAACACCCUUCAACAUACCAUCCCCAUCCAACGUCAGGACGUAGACUGCAACAACUUCGAUGGUGACAACUGCCUCACGGAGACGCAGAAGUUCACAGUUUCCCAACAUGUGAGUGAAACUCUGGCCUGAUGCCUCACAGCGAUUGCGACACCAUGUCGACUUGAGUGGUUACUGACACUGCUGUGAUGUAGGUAGAAACGUUUCCCCACUCACGCCUGCUAUACAAGCCAUUAUUUUGCAAGCACGCCUCGGAGAGAAUGUCAUUGUUGGUGGGGGGCGCUCAGCGAUCGUUCUUACGGAACUCACUCGUUCCUUUGUGCCUUACGGGCUCUCUCUCGAGCCCAACCAGCAGCCGCACAGCGGCGCAUGACAUAUAGGCAGAAUGUCAUCUUCACAGUGUACUGCACCAGUCUCCUCAGGGUGAGUCUCUGCAUUGCCAGUGCACAAAGAGUUUUCUCGUUCCAUCGUUCUGUAUUCAGUUCUUUUUUCAUGAAAGGUCAUCUUGCAUAUUUAAUAUCCAGCGCACUGUCAAAGGUUCGGAGGCGGUGUUUGUCGCGAACGCCGUAUCAUGAGUCAGGAUUCGCACCUAGAAAAUUUGCAUAAGAUGGAGAUUCAGGGGUUUGGUGCAAGUCGGGCCAUCUAGUUCUUAAUUUGCACCUUAGAUUAGGUUGCAGCUCGCAAGAUAGCGGAGACUGGAAGAACUUGCUUAAUAACUGUUCUCGCUCACCGUUUCGCAGCGUUAUCAUCGGACUCUGCGACAUUUUACACGGUAGUCGGUUGGUAGACCCUAAUCCUAUACGCCCUGCUAUCACUGUCGUUCUUUAUAGUGUUGUUAGGGCAAGCUGGGACCUCUGCUGAUGGACACAUAGACCCCCCCACUGCCAUUCUUUCGGCUUCAGUGAGGGAGUGGUUAAAUGUCCGGAUGCUGUCCCUUGAUCGCUGGAGGCAACCAACUUCCAUUUUACUUCUGAGGACUUUUCUUACUUUUGGUACGCGUCGGGCAAUAUUGGGAUUUGACUGUUUAAAAAUUCAUUUCAUACCCUUCUGACAUUCACAGUUCACGCUUCGAGUUCUUCGAGGAUCAGUCCGAAAAGGAUCACCUGAGGUCCAGCAACCAGGACUACUUUCGCAGCGGUUUCGAUCGUGGACACAUGGCUGCGGCAGGGAACCACAAAUUUGACUCAGCAGCUAUGGAGAAGUCCUUCGUCCUCAGCAACAUUGCUCCCCAGGUAGUUUCUCCAUGCUCUUGCCGGAUAAAUCAAGCCUAGUUCCAUUAAGUUUUCCAGAUAGGGAUUAAAGGAGUCGACAUUUCGUUGUCCUAAGGAGACCGUUCGACAGAGUUCAACAGCUUUCUCUUUAUUGCAUAUUUAACUAAGGGUUUCAUUUACUAUGGAAUCGUUGACUAAUUUGCCUGGCAUAUUUGGGAACCGUUCUUCACUCAGCAACCUACCUAAACAAACAAAGGAGACUGGGAUGCCCAUUGAUGACUUAUUUCUCGGCCUCCGAUCUUAUGUUUACAUCAGUAGUAGGGCUUACCUAUGAUGGCGAUCAAUUCAGAGACUGUUCGUCCAGCCUCCCAUCCUUGUCGGUAACACUUAUGCAAUGCCGAAACACAUUUCACCGGCCUAAGGAGCACUCAUGUUAUGUUCUUUGCGGGUUGAAACUUGUUGUGUGCAGACUCAACAUGGGUCAGUUCUUUGAGCGGCAAGAACCCUUGGAGAAUAGCGUACAUGCUUUGAGACACGACGAGUGUUUAGUAGGAAAUUCUCAAACCGCACUUUAAACUAUUUUCUCUUUCCUCGACGUCCCAGUAAUAGGAGAGGUGAGUGAGGGAUGGAGGCGAAUUUGCUAACAACACCUAGAACGAUCCUACCCUUUCUGAUCGCGUUAGUGCUGUUUUUAUCCACACUUCUCUUGAUUGCUGUCGGAUGAAUUGAACACGCCGCCAAUGCCCAUCCGUGGUUGCUGUUCAACUCAUUUCGACAUGGUCGCCACCAUUCGACAUCGCUGCCUAAAUCCUUUCCCCCCUCGAUUGUAUUUUCUUUAGAGUAGCCCUACCUUGGGCCGGCGACCUCAUCCCCGGCCUCUGAGAUUGGAUCGUCUUUCCACUUAUCUAUUGCAGCUUUUGUAAGGUCUGUUAUAUGGAGCAUCUUACAAUUGUUCUUCGUGCAUAUAAAGUAAAUGGAGUCGCUCCACUUCCACUAUCAGGCCAUUAUCUACCGUAUUUACGGGAACAGGAGUACACGUCAGGCGAUAGAGUUGCGUAUUUCAAGAAUCCCUUCCACCACAGUUUCUCCUCUAGGUCUGACUUGGAGUGGUGCUAAUGGUAAAUAUUUAACGUACAGUUGGGUAGUAAGGGCUCUUUUCGACCGCUAGAGAAGUGAACUUUGUAGAUCACUAGAGCAGUUUUUGUUUGUUAGCACUACCCGGUAGGAGUCCGUUCUAACGGACUUUUUUCUUUCUGCCCUCCAAAUAUGCGGGAAGGCCUUCUACACAACAUCUUUGACCAACCGCAGAGGCCUUUCGAUGGUUUCGGAAAACGUGCACCUUAUUACUUCAUGUAUGUUGUAACAAGCCCCCUGAUCAGUCGAAUAUUUCGGCUAUGAAAUAGCAGAAAAUAUGGCUCCUUUUCCAGUCACAUUUGAGAUAACUUUUUGCGAAGGUGACACGGUCGCUCCCUGGAAGUCGCAUCUCCGCUCCUAUCGAUAACUUUGGCACAUUUAUCGGAAAAAAGUAGCCCUACAUCAUUAGAACAUCAUAGAAUAAUGUAAUACCAUUCACAUAAAAAUGACAGUUGUCGCAUUCUUGUUUGCUAGGCGGACUAAUGGCGAUUCCGUCUUGUCUUAGAGCAAAGGAAGAUAAGGGGAACUUAGAAUAUUCGUUUCAGGCUUGGUUUCCGUCCUCGGUGCGUAUAGGACCUUCUCCGCAUGGGAUUGGAGUAUGGCUAUCGAUAACGACAAAUAAGUUCGAAAUUGUUAUCCCAAUACCCCUGUCUUUACUGAUAACGCUUCAUGAUUGCCUUCAGUACAGUAAGUGGCAUAUAUCUUGAAAUGUCAACGAAAAGUCGAAUUGGUUUUCGGUUAGGAAGGGUUACCUUAGGUGCAAUUAUAAAAUGGAUUGCCGUGUUGCAUAAUCCCGCGGUAAUUUUCACGACAGGAUGCCGGCAUUUUAAUGUGCUUCUUUCCGUCCCCAGGAAAAAACCACAUUUGGCAAAAACAUCUGCUCAAACAAUCUGACUUCAUUUCCGUUAAUUUUCAGAGCCCUGACCCUAACCCUAAUCUCCCUGUAAUUUAGCGCGAAACCAACUUUAUUAUGGCGGGGAUGUUUCUAUUCCCGUGACCUACCAAAGGUACAUCAAAGUAUUCUUUAUUAUACUACUUUGGCAUUAAAUCACGUCCUCUUCAAUUUUUUUACUCAAGGACGGGGUAUCUUUUGGUUUCAAGAAGUUUUUUUUCAAUUUAGGAAUAAUUGUGAACUUGGUCUACUGUUGUACCAGCUUCUAGGUUUUCCAAACCACAAACUGCAUACUUUCCGUAUUAGCAAAAUAAUGGUAUUAAGAAGGUGACAUAUAGGGUUUAUAAGAUUUUGCGGCAUAUCCGUACCCUGUAUGAUUGGACACUUCAUGGUCAUAAAAAUCUUAUAAUUACUACCUUUUUAAAGCCGAAAGAUACACUGUCCUCGAGCAUAAAAUGUACGAUGGCAUAAUUUACUGCAAAAUGAGUACGAUAUUUUUAUCCAUGUUUAUGAAGUAUAUUUGGAUUUACAAGGACAUCGAAAAUCAAUGAUGCAAUGUAUACAACUUAAACAGGCAUCUUUAGCGAGUGUGGUUUUUUGUUGAGGCCGGAAAGAGACGCGUUCGAAUAUCGACAUCCUGUUCUGAAUGAACCGUCCUUGCGUUUUAUUAUACGAUAAUCCGGCUAAGUGCUCCUUCCUUACCGAAAGCGAACUUCAGGACUUUAGUUAACAGUUCAUGAGAGAUGCCACCUACUGUGGUUUUCUUCCUUUCUCCUGUGAAUUAUCGAGUAAAUUCCGUCUGAAAAACAGUGUACGAGUGUCUGGCUUAACUUUAGCAUGUGCGCCGUCUUUGUGCACACUUCAACUGCGCUGCGCAAUAUUUUUAAAAAAAUCUGGGGACAUAUUUUGGGAUUGUGGUCGACACUUCAUGAGCUCCAAUGCCGCAGCUACCGUCUCCGUCGUUGAACGGCAGCGAAUGUACUUUCGUUUGCUAUCUAUUAACGAUACCCUCGUUUGCGCAAUGACGCACCGAAUUUUCCAUUAAACAUUUUCCGGACCACCAGCGGACUGCCUACCCGGCUUAAAAUUAUGAUGGCUUUCCAGCUUUUUUUUCUCGGAAUACAAUUGAACCUGCACCGAUAAACUCAAUGGGAAUGACUUUUACCGCUUGCGUUUUUGUGCACUUUGAUUAGGGAUUUAGCAGGGCGAUUUAAAGACCUUUGAUGGAAUAAUGUAACGCUAUGCGCCUCAUGCAUGCUUAUGCUAACGCCUCAGUCAUCUCUUUCGGAGAAGGAAGAAGGCUUGCUGUGACCACCACCUCUCUUUUUAAGGAGGAUUUUAAAACCGCUUUUGUUCCUAACUGUUUGCAACUUAUAGCUUUCUCAUAGCUUUCACAGUUGGGUCAAUAUGAAUUAUAGCUUUCUGUCAGAAAGUGCAUCGCAAGCCAUCAGCUGAUAGCGUUUUCUGCAUUUAUCUACUCCUGUCCUUCAGACCUCCCUCACCUUUCCUCUGACGUGAGUACACUCAUGAAAUGUUAGCCGAUGUUCUUAAACAUGUUUUCGAUUAGAAAGGAUAAUUUAAGUGGGGUUGUAACGUUUAUUAUCGCGUAAAAUAUCCCAAAGGUGAUUCAGUCACGCCAGAAUUCGGCAUUUGAAUGCACUUUUUUCCACCCGUCUGCAAAAACUGCACUCGGUAAAAAUGACUGCCUACGUAGUAUGCGUUCUUUCUAUUAAUUUUCGAUGCCCUCACAAAUUGGAAUAUAUUUUGUAAAAAGCAGGGGCAAAAACAUUGUCCCAUAUUCUAAUCUGGUCACGAAUUAUGUCUUCUCCAAAUUUUAUACCCGAAGAAAAGGUGUCUUUUGGUUUCAAAAAAGUUUGUAAUCACGAUCUCGUUUAUGACCGUAAACGUUUGGUCAACUAACACCGUUUCUGUCCGUUUAUUAGUGCACCUUACAUAACAUAUACAACAUACACAACACAAUCAACAUCCAUUGCAGAAGUUUAUAAGCUCUAUAUGGUAUCUUCUUAAUGACAUGAAAAAGUGUACGAUUUUUCUUACACCGAAAGUAUGCAGCUUGUAGACUAAACCCCAGUCGUAAAUGCAGACCGAACUCGGAAUUUUUUAAGAACUGAAAAAUGGUAAGAAUCGGGAGAUGGCACCCAAAAAUAUCCGCCUAACCAAAGCAGCCUGUGUUACGGAACAGGUGGCAAUAGGGAUUUUAUGGGUGAUGGCUGGUGAAGAUGUACGAUACUAGCUGACAGAAAGCCUUAUUUGAACAUGUGAAUGAUCGAAGUUGGCCCGCUUUCCGUUCCGUUAUUACAAAAUGAGUCGCCAAAGGCAGUAUAAUAGUAACGGACGAGUGGAAGGCGUAUAAUCGUCUUCCCUCAGAAGGUUAUCAACAUUUCUCUGUUAACCACUCAAAGAACUUCAAGGACCCUACCACCGGACGGCACACCAAUGCCAUUGAGGCAUACUGGAGUAGACUGAAGAGGAAACUCCCCGAGGGAGACCCUGUAUGUGGUCGAGCUGUGUGGGCUCACAUAGACGAAGUAGAAUAUCGUCUUUGGACUGACCUGAGUGCCAUGUCUUUGACAGAUGCCUGGGAAAUGUUUCUGUCCCAUGUUGUCCAGACUUACCCGAUUUAAAAGUGAUUUUGUUUUGUAAUAAACUGCCAUAAUGCGAAUGUAUGCCGUAUAUUCAGGUGUAUGUGUGUAACGAUGGGGAAGGUUGGGUAAUAGCGACCAUCGUCCGUAUAACCUGCGAUGUUCGUUCGGCCAGCCCACGUUAGGCCGUCGGGGAAAGUCCAAGUAGUGUGUGAAGGUAGGCCUGCAACCACUGAUAUAGCCUGCAGGCGUUUGAGUCCACUGUUAGAGGUAUUAUUUCUAGGUAACGGAUUUUUUGGGUGCCACCUCCCGAUUGUUACCCUGAAAAAUUUUAAAAACCUUAAUAUACCCUUCCUUUAGGUAUAAAGGUUGACGAGGACGUGAUUUGCUAUCAUAUGAGUAAAAAAUGGAUAUUUUCUGACAAAGUUUUCCAUAAGAUCUAUUUGAAUUUAAUAGGGCCAUCGAAAAGUAAUGGAAAAGUUAUCAUCAUUCCUUACCGAGUGGUUUUUGCAGGCAACCUAAAAGGAGUGCAUCCAAAAGCUGGCAUCCUGGUGCGACUGGUAUACCUGGGUUUCUGCUGCACAAUAAUCGAUAUUACAACCCAACUAAAGUAUUCCCUUCCUAAUGGAAAACGCAUUUCAGAGUUAUGGUUAACAUUUCACGAGAUUUUUCUUCCAAGUAGUAUUGCUAGGACAAGGAGCCUGUGAGGACGAUUUCUGACUUCUCGGUCUUCUCAAUCUAGCCAUACCCGCACGUUAGAUGGGAUAAGGCUGCAAAUGCGGAACAGUAUGAAAGCCCGUAUUCCACUCUGCACUAAGACCAAAUGACUGAACGCUUCCCUUUUGUUCCUAGAAGUUUUAGAUUUUAAACCCGGUCCUGGGUGUUUGUUGGCCCUCCCUCUACGACGGAGGGCCUAACAGAAUACAUUCGUGUUACUUGCGUUGUGUGGGACGCAUGAGGCUUGUCUAUUUUCCUUCUUUUUGCGUUCGCGCGGGAUUCAUUGCCCAUGUCCCUAUUUGCCUUCUGUUUCAAAGGUAGGCGUCGGAUUCAAUCGUGGCGUUUGGUCGGACCUGGAAAAGUAUGUGAGAGCCAUGGCUCGUCGGAGCGCCAAUGUAGUUGUCCUCACAGGUCCUCUCUUUCUUCCCUCGUAAGUGUAUGGCGCUGUUUUUCUUAACUCCAAUCCAGAAAAAAUCGCCCCCUUCUACCGUGGGCAGUGUUUCCUUUUAAAGUUCACUUCAGUGGCGCAUGUUGCCGAAGAUGACUCUAGAUGGCGGAAUUGUUGGAUUUACCAAUGGCAGCAACUGUAAUCUGUUCAAGUAAAGACGCAGGAGGAAGAUACCACAUUCUUGGUAGAUGAAUGGAAGUCACCAAAUCCAGCCCUUCUGUGCGUACGGAGUCGUGAAAGCUGCGCUUUUCUACCCGGGAGGCCAAUCAUCAGUCAUUGUGUUCACCGAGGCUGGUGGAUGUAUGGUGUUCUCUUUGAGGGGUAGUUGCUUCGGUGUACGAACAGCCACCAAAUCUGUAGUUUCACUUUGGUUUCAGACCUCAUCUAUUGCUUCACGACUCUGAGUCGGGUUCAGCACCCACCCCCGUUAACUUCUUUGACUGACGAAUGAGACCGGAUGAUGUUUACCGGUGUGUCUUUAACCCUCGUAAUUUUUUGUCCGAAGUCAGGUUGUAUUUUUGAGAGUGCACCGACCUUCAGGAUACCAAAUUUGUUUUGACUCAGCAGGCCAUAUAAAAGGUAGUCUCGGUCACAGACAUUGGGCUGUCGAAGUGCCUGCUUUUCUCAGCACACAAAACCCUGAACGUUAAACUUGCAUAAAAUAAACAUCCUAUUCUGAAUAUCUGCUCGGUUUGUGGUACGUAGGUGUUGCACCCUUUUGUUCUCCCGGCGUUUAAGUGCCUCAGGACGACUGAUGUUCCAACUCUGAUUUCGUUCUCAUUUCAGACCUGAUCGCAGUCCUGCCAACCGUCGCCAGGUUACUUACGAAGUGAUUGGUUCGAACGGCGUGGCGGUACCCACCCACUUCUUCAAGGCGGUUGCUGUUCAACAGUCUCCCGGGGGUCCCUGGAAGACGUAUGCCUGGGUACUACCGAACAGAGAGCUGCCCGAAGGUACUCGCCUUAACACUUUCAUUGUGCCUCUAAAGGAUCUGGAGCGUGCUGCUGGUCUCGAAAUCUUUCCCAACCUCUACAAGUCUUGAUCCUGUUCUUCCUGCAGCUAGCUCUAUGCUCUUAA